CGCAGCCAUGGACGCCAUCAAGAAGAAGAUGCAGAUGCUGAAGCUGGACAAGGAAAACGCCAUCGACCGCGCGGAGCAGGCCGAGGCCGACAAGAAGCAAGCGGAGGACCGCUGCAAGCAGCUGGAGGAGGAGCAGCAGGCCCUGCAGAAGAAGCUGAAGGGGACGGAAGACGAGGUGGAGAAGUACUCGGAGUCAGUCAAGGAUGCCCAGGAGAAGCUGGAGCAGGCCGAGAAGAAGGCCACUGACGCCGAGGCAGAUGUGGCCUCCCUGAACCGCCGCAUCCAGCUGGUGGAGGAAGAGCUGGACCGGGCGCAGGAGCGUCUGGCCACCGCCCUGCAAAAGCUGGAGGAAGCCGAGAAGGCGGCUGAUGAGAGCGAGAGAGGAAUGAAGGUCAUCGAAAACCGGGCCAUGAAGGAUGAGGAAAAGAUGGAGCUGCAGGAGAUGCAGCUGAAGGAGGCCAAACACAUCGCUGAGGACUCGGACCGCAAAUACGAGGAGGUGGCCAGGAAGCUGGUGAUCCUGGAAGGAGAGCUAGAGCGCUCAGAAGAGCGGGCUGAAGUGGCUGAGAGUAAAUGUGGGGACCUAGAGGAGGAGCUGAAAAUUGUCACCAACAACUUGAAAUCCCUGGAGGCCCAGGCCGACAAGUAUUCCACCAAAGAGGAUAAAUACGAAGAGGAGAUCAAGCUGCUGGAGGAGAAGCUGAAGGAGGCUGAGACCCGGGCAGAGUUUGCCGAAAGAUCUGUGGCAAAGUUAGAGAAAACCAUCGAUGAUCUGGAAGACGAAGUCUACGCGCAGAAGAUGAAGUACAAGGCCAUCAGCGAGGAGCUGGACAACGCCCUCAACGACAUCACCUCCCUCUGAGCCCCGCACCCACUGCGGCCCCUCCGCUCUCUGCUCCCCUUUCCAUUCUCUGGGGAGGGCGGGCAGGAGGGACAAAGUUUGGUGACACUGCACAGUCAGGCUGCAAGCAGCCACGGGAGGGCCCCCAUCACACCCGGCCCCCACCCUGGCACUUGCUUCAUCCUUCUGUCCAUCUGCUUCCCCACACCUGUGAGUAUCCACCUCUUUCUGCUGCUUAAUAAACUCUUAACCUCGUCUCC